AUGGAUAAGAAAUGGGCAGAGGUUUUGGAAAAUCUACCGGUAAGAAGUAAAAAUGUCAACAACGUAUUUUACAAAUUUUGCUUGUGUGAGGGUAUACAUAAAUCUUAUGAAAAUCAGCCAUUGUUACAAAAAAAUGUUUAGUCAAAGCUCUCGAAUUUUUUGCCGGACUGGGCUGCUCGGUUUUUUGUGCUUAUAUUAAGUAUCAGUCUUUCAACUACGUCAUGUAUACAGUGUCGGACAUGAUCCAGUGGAAAAAAUGUACCAUUUUGUAUCUCGGAAGUGUCAAAAAUGUGGCAAAAUUCUUCCCUCUCCAAGUGAAAAAACUCCGAUUUCAAAGGAAGCAUUUUGCCACAUGUUUGAUGCUUCCCGGAUGCAAAAUGGCACGUUUUUUGCCACUGUAGCUACAAGCGUGAAAAAAGCUUUAUAAUACACUGCACGAAAGAGAAAAAAUCGUCCUACUUUAUGAAAAUACUAAUGCAUUUUCGGUUUUCUACAAAUUUUAAAAGACGAUUUUGGCUAUCAGCGGUGGACAUAGAAAAAAAUCGAUUAUGAGUUUUUUGCAUAAAAAUUACCGUCGACAUGUUGACGCAGCGACCCAAAAAUCGUCUUUUAAGUCACAGCUUAAAAGGAUGACAAAAUCUCCCCUAAUAUACCUCAAUGAUGUGCUCUAUCGUACAUACCAAACAUUUUCAGAGCUUCGGAGCGUAUGGAAAAGCAAAGCUAAUCUACGACAAAUGCAUGGACGAUCAGCUUUCUCCAUAUUCAACCUACGACACCGGCUUCCCUUCUCGAUAUUUUAAAUUCAAGCAAGUUGUUGGAGUUGCAUUCCCAUUGCUGACCAACUCCUCUGAAAGCCUUUAUAAGCCAUUGCCAGAAAGGAUGGCGGAAAUUUUGCUAUUCCUAAUGCCGGAGGACAUCAAUAUUUUUACGGAGGCUACUGUCAGAACGACUCAUUACAACACGAGUGACUACAGUUUUGUCCUAGAAUUUGCUGAGCCGUACCUGCUGCUGGACGAUUACUAUCAUCGAAGAGAAGAUGGUGAAAAGAGAAAUGAGACUAAGACGGAACUUGUGAAGAUCAUUGCAAGAGCUGCUGAGCUUUUGAAUAUCACAAUUGACACUUCGGUAGUAGAGGAUGGAGUUGAAAGUGUGCUGGAGUUUGAGAAAAGACUUGUGUGACAAGUCAUCGGUAAUUCUAGGAAGGAAAUUCGACCGGAUAAGUAAGUUCAACAUUUUGAUUACUAUACUAGUAUAUUUGCAAAUUCUCUGGAGUAAUUUUUGUCGUGUGCAAGAAAGGUCAGGUCUCAAGCGAAAGUCCAAAAAGCCCAGUAUAUGGCAAUGUGGAAAGUGAACCUUUGUUUUCGCACACUGCAUGUCGCCAAAUCACCUCAGCGACUUUGUGAACGGUCUAGUAGCUAAUAGGAAGAUGGUCACCGGAUUGAGAUUUCGUAUACCUCAAAUAAAAAUUCAGUUAAACCGCUGUGCCACGAGCUGUUGUUGCGGCAAAACAUGUCUAUCAAGACUAGCUUCAAAGCCCCUAUAUUUUUUGGUUCCAUGCGAUUUGUUGUGCACGAACUUUUCUGUAGCCAACUGCACAUAAGACAUUAUUGUUUAAGGCCUAGUAUUUAGAAAAUGUGUAAAAAAAACGUCGCAUAAUUUUCGUCUUACGUACGAUUCAACCUCUGCAGAAGUAAUCGCUGGAAACUCUGCCUUUCUUAAGUUCGGAUGUUGUCGUUUCUUUACUGCCAAAAUGCCGCCAAAUUUCUUACAAGAUUUCAUUUCUGGCAAUGUUCUGGCCAGACUUCAAACAGUAAUAUUUACAAGGCUUUUUUUUGCAGAAAAUUCAUCCUUCUCACUCCAGAACAAGCUACAGCUGCCAUUGGCCUUCUAAACUACACGCAUUUUGUCUCACUGUAUUCGAAAGACGCCUCCGUCGAGAUAAAAGAACGUCUACAACAUGGCAUUAGUAUUGUAAAAUUGGAACAGGCCACCAGACUGGCAAAGUAUCUUCGUUCAGACAAUGUGACCGCCACAGAAGUCUACAACUACAUUUAUAUCAAGUUUAUUUACUUGUACAAUGAUCGACUGAAAAAGGGUGAAAAUUCAAAUGUUACACUAGAGUUUGCGCAGUGUAAUUGCACCGACGUUAUAUUCAAAAACUUCUUACCGCUGACUGCUCGAUUGUAUUAUGAUAAUAUUCAAAAAGAUGUGGAAAAGAAGUUGAAGCAAGAAGAAUACAUGCUAAAAAUGAUCGAAACUAUGAGGGAAGCUUUGAAGGUGAGUGUUCUAGAGCCCCUGUGCAACAAAACCAAAGUUGUCAUUAUUGUGCCAAAAUGAGUUUUUUCUUACAUCUUUUUAUGUAAGAAAACUCUUCAACAAAAAUUUUGGUCUCUUGCAAUUUGUUGUAUCAUGCCCACCGGGAAAGUAGUGAGCACAAUGUCGCUGUGCCGAUCGCGUUGCUGGCGUGAAAAGCAACAGCGAAGCGAUUCUCGAUGCGACAGAGUUCUUAUUAUUUUGCCGACAGACUAAUACCAAAAUUCGUUGAUGUACAGGGUGUCCAGAGAAAUUCCGCGGAAAGUGUUUGCCGAUUUCUCGGCGCUUAGGCAAGAUAUCCAAAAAAUUCUUUUUGCAUUAGAAAGAAGAAUAUGGGCGGUUCUUUGCCUAAAAAAGUUUUUUUGUCCGCCGACGCGGAACAUACUGUAUUCGGCGGAGACUUUUGAUCGCUUUUUUGGUCAUCACACCAAUCUUAAGCGCUUUACUAUGAUCCUGAAACUAUCGGGAAGCCUUCAGUUUUUUCCGCAGAGGAUCAGGGAACCGACGACAACGCUAUGCAAUCGCAUUUAGCGACUGCACCGCACUGUGUAGUUGCGUCAACAGCGAUAAAGUCCGACCGCACCGUGCGGAGGUUUUAAACAGCGGGGCAACGAGAAGUUCAAACAAAAAAUAUUUUGUUGUUUUCUGGUACACCAAGUCGUUUACUGAUGGCUAAGCUGCUGCCAAGGCUUGGCGACGAAAUUUUGGAGAGCAUAUGGGAUCAGCAAAGAAUUCUAGCCACAUAAUGUUUGGAACAUCUCCUAUCCGAAGCUGAGUUGUGGCCUCCGCCGAUACGGAAAGCUCUCCAUUCCAUUGCCGAACUUUUGGUAAACAUAAAAAUAAGAUAAAAUUCUCUUCUUAAGCAUCAGAAAUUGUACUGAAGCUUUUACGAUUGGUGUGAUGACCAAAAAAGCGAUCAAAGGUCUCCGCCGAAGACAGUAUGUUCCGUGUCGGCGGAGAAAAAAUCUUUUUUAGAAAAAAAACCGCCCAUAUUCUUCUUUCUAAUGCAAAAAGAAUUUUUUGGAUAUCUUACCUAAGCGCCGAGAAAUCGGCAAACACUUUCCGCGGAAUUUCUCUGGACACCCUGUACAGUGACGGACCUGAUCCAGUGGCAAAAAAAGUGCCAUUUUGCACACAGGAAGUAUUUAAAAUGUGGCAAAAUGCUUCCCUCUCCAAGUGAAAAAACUUUGUUUUGAAGGGUUUCUCACAAAGAAGAGCGGGCGCGCUUUUGAAAUCGGAGUUUUUUUUCACUUGAAGAGGGAAGCAUUCUGCCACAUUUUUCGAUGCUUCCCGGAUGCAAAAUUGUAGGUUUUUUGUCCUCUUUUUGUGAACGACCUUCAAAACGAAGUUUUUUUUGUUGAAGAGGAAGGCAUCUUGCUACAUUUUUUGAUACUUCCCGGAUGCAAAAUGGAACGUUUUUUGCCACUGGAUCAGGUCCGUCACUAGUAUACUUUUUAAAUUUCAAAUUUCAGGCCCAGAUAUCCCAAUUACCCCUUUCGUCAAUAGCCAAAAACAAGAUGAUUGCCAAAGCAGCGGCAAUACGGUUUGAUACGACGAUUGCAAAUCAUCUGCUAAGUCACACUCAACUUGAUGAUUACUAUAAGACCUUUAUCCCAAGUGUCAAUGACUCCUACCUCGACAACGUAGAGGCCCUACAUUUGUUCGAAAUGAAGCGACAACGAAGUCUUUUACUACAAAAAGGUCGUAAAAUAUUGCCAGAAUUAGAGGGGGAUGAGAUUGGUGGCUCCCCAUUCUACGACUUCAAUUACAAUCUAAUCAAUCCUAGUGAAAUUGUCUAUGAUUCCGACCUUUUCUCACCUCAAUAUCCCGACUCUAUCAAUUACGGAGGCAUGGGGGCAGUGAUUGGCCAUGAAAUGUUUCAUGCGUUUGAUACCGGAAACUUGGGAUACAAUGCAAACGGAGAUAUCGGGUAUUGGCUGGAUAAAAAGACAGAGGAAUAUGUGAGGAAGAUGAGAGUGUGCGUCGUUGAGCAAUACCGUUCAAUUAUAGAAAAAGAAAGCUUUGGAAGCAAAGCGGAGUUUUCCUUGGACGAAAAUAUCCCGGAUAUUGCGGGUGAGUUGCGUAAAGCCAAAAAUUUUUUUGGGAAACGAAGAAGAUAUAUUGACGAAGUAGACGUUUGACCUACCGGUCUCAAUUUUAAUUUAUUCACACUAAUCACAUGUAAAAUCAUGGAGUGUAUCAGGGAGUCCAGUGUUUGGUCAGUAUAAGGUCUCUCCAUCUCAGGCCAUGGUGCUUUCGAAAAUCGUUGGUCCAUCUGAGUCUGGGGCGUCCAAGUGGUCGUUUGUAGGGCGGCGUCCAUUCCAUCAGUCGUACCUACCGGUCUAUCGGGAAAAUAAUGUGGAUUCUUGCAGCAAAACGUCAAGCCCGGCCGCAGUCGAGUACCAAAUGUCCAGCCGCGGCUAAUUUUCCAAGGCAAUGAUGGAGUGAAAAACCCACAGUAUUUUCCCGACAAAAUGAAAAGCCUUUGAAAAAUCGUUUAAAAAUUCAAUUAAGGUUCUAUCAGCGUGUCGGGAAAAUAAUGAGCACAAUGUCACUGUGCCGAUCGCGUCGCUGAAUUGGGUGGUAUAGCAUGUCAGCCGAUGGUCCAGUCCAAGAAAAAGGAAAAGGGUAUAGUAGUGAGAAUGUGGUGCUCCCGCAUUCUCUUGGCCCGACCUUUAUCAACCCGACGCAAUCUCCAUCCCGCGAGCGACCUGAAGAGAGGCCGCCGAGGCCCGUGAUCGAGCCGAGAAAGUCACGUGGCUCCCUCCUGCGCCCCAAAUGGCGUGCUUGCGCGUGGGCCGCAAGCACUUAACGCUGCAGAAAAUGUCAGGCCCCUUUUCGUAACUCCGAUGAUGAAAGUCGGCCACUUAGUGAUGAAAGUCGGCCACUUAGGCUGAUUGAUCCGUGGGCGAUGAACUUUCUCGAAGCCCGAUCAAGCCCCUAUAUAAACCCUCCCGAAUUCUUCACUGGAUCGAUCCUCCGAGGUUUUCCGACCUGGAGUCAGCCUUCUCAGGCUUUUGUGGGUGUUCAGUUGUUUAGACGUCUAUUUCCGUGUACGCGCUAUUUUAUUCUUGUAUAAAUAAAUAUUAUACUUAUCCCUGCGGGUUGAUACUUUGUAUAAUCGUUUGUUUGUACUUGAAUAUAUCUUCGGUACUUUACUAGGUACCAAGAUCCACCAGGUUUUGACUUGUCGAAAUUACUAUUGAAAAGAAACUUGAUUUUGCCGCAACACAGCUCAUUUUCUCCGUAGCGAUUGACUUUUGAUGCGACGUUGAGCUGAUUAUUUUCAUGGCAGACUGGUAAAGAUGGAAGACGUGAGAAGUUUAUUUGUAAUAGCUUAGGAAUCAGUUCAAAGUAAAAAAAACUCCAGCUUUAUUUACCAUGAACCGAGUCUUCUUUCUAGGUCUCCAUCUUGCCUACAAUGCUUUCAAAUCCUUGCCUAAAACUGAAGAAGGUCCACAAAACCCUAACGAUGAUCAACUCUUCUUCAUCGCUUUUGCAAGAUCUUUUUGUCAAUCAAAACGCGCCGAACCCGAUGAUCCUGAACAUCUACCGGACAAGUUGCCUGCUCAGGGUUCGCUGAUGAGCUUAGAGCCAUUUCAGAAAGCAUUUGGAUGCAAGGAAACAGGCCCUUAUGUACCAACAAAACGUUGCAAUGUUUAUUUCUGA